AUGCCAAAAGUGUGAACAUGUUGUUGAAUUGUAUUGAUUUAGCAGAAACUUUCUUCUUUUCUUCUCUAUUUUGAGCACAGUGCCACUGAAAACAUGGUUGGUUACGUGUCUUCUGGAGGUCACAGUCCCUGUUCCUCAUGGGGCCACGCCGCAGCUCCAUCACGUACAUCUCCUGCUUCCACUUAGCAGCAUAAACAUAGCCGAUGAUCUGAAUUUCGCGAUGGGCGGAGCGUUCGGGGUCCCCUCAGAUAUAGGUAAACCACGUUUUACGGGGAGAAGAUGAUCGAUCGAAACCAUCGAGCCUCAUCCAGUCCGUGACCUAACCCGAAACCGGCAAGAUAUUUCGCGUUUUACCAACACAGAGGUUUUGUUUGAGAACUGACCUGACAUUUCAGGAAGCCGAAUAAGGAAAUAUGUUCAUUUAAAUACACGAUUAGGAAUAAUGUUAAAAUAAUAUUUAGGAUCGCUGGUAGUUACAGUUUGGAUCUAUUUGUUCAGGGCGUCGACCAACACUCCCGAGCGUUUCUUCCUCCGUGAUAUUAUUCGGGAAGCCCUAAGCCACUGAGUGACCAAUCAUGGGAGACUGGGGAUUCCUCUCAGCUUUACUAGACAAAGUCCAGUCCCACUCCACCGUCAUCGGGAAGAUAUGGAUGAGCGUCCUCUUCAUCUUCAGGAUCCUGGUGUUAGGAGCAGGAGCGGAGAGCGUGUGGGGCGACGAGCGCUCCAACUUAGUAUGCAACACCAACACGCCGGGCUGCGAGAACGUGUGCUACGACUGGAAGUUCCCCAUCUCUCACAUUCGCUUCUGGGUCAUGCAGAUCAUCUUCGUCUCCACCCCGACCCUGGUCUACCUGGGCCACGUGGUGCACGUCAUCCACCGCGAGAACAAACUGAGAGAGGAGCAGAAAAGAAACCCGGCGUCCAAGUCCCCGAAGUACACCGACGAAAAAGGCAAGGUCGAAAUCAAAGGGACCAUGCUGGGCAGUUACCUGACCCAGCUGUUCAUUAAAAUAGUUUUCGAGGUGGCUUUCAUCGUCGGACAGUAUUACCUGUUCGGAUUCUUCAUGGAGCGCAAGUUCCACUGCGAGCGGCUGCCCUGCACGGUGGUGACCGAGUGUUUCGUGUCGAGGCCCACGGAGAAGACCAUCUUCAUUAUCUUCAUGCUGGCGGUGGCGUGCGUGUCUCUGGGCUUGAAUGUUCUAGAGAUCUUCUAUCUGCUUUGCAAGAGGAUGAGCGGGAGGAAUAAGAGGUGUAAGAACGCGACGUAUCCUGGCGAUUCCCGUUAUCCCUCGCCUUUCACCGUAGAGCUCGAUUCCGCUCACGGUACGAGACACAACGAGCUAAACAGGGCCUUUCAGAACAGGUGGGAUCAAAGCAAGGGCGGCCUGGACGGAGCCAGACCCGAGCCGUAGAGCAAUAAGCCAAUGCACGUAAAAAAUACAUUCAUCUUCUUAUAAUCACGUACCACAGAUCAUGGUGGCUAAAGUAACGCUAGAUGGCGCUGUGAUCUUCCACGAGUUGCACUCACUAACCCCUAACUUGUCACUACAAGGCCAGUGAUUUUUUUUUAUUUUUUCUCCCCGACUUACUGUAGUAUUUAUAUUCUUUUUUUUUUGUAUGUUGUUUUCGCAGCGUGACGCGAAACAUGUUUAACCGACUUUUUCUGUUUGUGCAAUAAUAAUAAACCGUGUAAGGCAGAUAAGUGAAUGAAAAUGUUUUCUUAUGCAGAAGUGACUUCGGGAACAAAGUUCAUCAAUUAGCCUGUUAAAACACAAGUGAUGUCUUUAUGGACUUUAUGGAAAAACACUAUCGUAAUAUACAUUCUACAUACUUCAUUUAAAUCUACGAAAUGAUUGUAUUAGUUCACACAUGAUUUUAUAAUAUUUAUAAAUAUUUUUAUAAUAUUUAACAAUAUAAGUGCGUAUAUAUAUAUAUAUAUAUAUACAUCAUAAGUUAAUAAGUAAAUUAAAAUGU